GAAGCAGCUGAACAGGCGCUACAGACAGGACUGUGCUUCGGGAGUCAGACACCAUGGUGAAGAUUGCGUUCAGUUCGCCCUUCGCGGCCAAAAAACCUAGCAAGGACGUCGAGGCUUUGGUGGCAGAAACGGAUACUGAGGUUGCAGGUCAAGGGACUGAAAAUUCAACUGGAAGAUGCCUGCUUACACUGUUGGGCCUUGCUUUCAUCUUAGCUGGACUAAUAGUUGGUGGUGCUUGUAUCUAUAAAUACUUUAUGCCCAGGCACAAGCUCUAUGAAGGAGUAAUGUCUUAUUCCGAGCAGCAUGAUCUUGUUGAGGAGCCUUAUUACCUUCCUGUCUCAGAAGAAGCCGAUAUCCGAGAAGAUGACAAUAUUGCACUUAUAACUGUUCCUGUACCAAAUUUUGCAGAAAGUGAUCCAGCAGCGAUACUUCAUGAUUUUGAUAAACUUCUGACAGCCUACUUGGACUUGCAGCUCCAAAAAUGCUAUGUCAUUGAUUUGAACACCUCCAUUGUCAUGCGACCAAGAAAUCUGAUGGAUCUGUUCAUUGGAUUGGCUGAUGGAUCCUUCUUGCCUCAAACGUAUUUAGUCCGGGAAGAUCUGGUAGUGUCAGAAAAAAUUGACGAUUUAUCCGAACUGGGUAUUUUUAUUUACCAGCACUGCUUUGGUAGAGAGACAUAUAGGCUGGUUCGCAGAGAGCAAAUAAUUGGUCUGCAGAAGAGAUCUGUAGAAAAUUGCAUCACAAUUAAUCAUUUUGAAAAUGACUUUGUGACAUCGACAAGGAUUUGCACAUAAUAAAUAACUCAGGUGAAUCUUGCAUAAUCACUAGAGAAGUCUUGCUGUUAACCUUUUAAUUCAAAUGUGCAUUGAUAAUCAAAUGAAUUUGUUAUAAUGCAUAGCUUUGUGCUACCACUUUUUUUUUUUGUUCUAUUUCCCUGUGAGCACUAUGGGUUUUAGCCUGUAUCUUGAAAAAAAAAAAAAAAACUGCAGGCGUUAAAUGAUUUAAGAUACAGUUUGAGACCCUUUUCACAGUAGACAUUUGUUGAAGUCAAUCUCAGAAUUUCUCUUCAGAAUAUUUUGUGAAUGGAUCUGGUAAAAACAAUAAAAAGAAAAAAAGAAGAAAAACCCACUUCACUGACGUGAAGUCACUUUCUUUAGAUGGUGGAUGCAAUAAAGUGUGUUCUUUGCACAAUCUCUCUAAAUCUACUUAUGCCUUUUAUGAUUUCCAAUUUGUUUUUGAAGCAUGUUGCAUUGUGUGCCACUACUGUAUUGAUUUAUUCUGUAUAACUAGCUUUCCUUAACUUGUGCUUGUUAAACCUAUAUGUUUCCAUUUUCUAUUUUGAACAAAAUGGUUUUUAUUAGGCAUGAGACUGGCAUAUGAUAAAGCACUGAUUUUUGACAGUUUUAGAAUCAAAAAGAUAUAACCCCCCCCCCCCAAGAUUUCAUAGAUUUAUCAACAUAUGCAGUUACACUUAAUUUACAUGUUGUGUGUUUCCAGACCACAUUCAAGAAUGUGUGUGUAUAAGAAGGAAAAUCUGCACUUUCUGUAGCAGGUUUUAAAUAGCAUUAUUUUUAACAGAUUCAGGUUUGCAACUGGUCAGAUGCACAUGUAAAUACAUAAAUAUAUAUAUAUUGAUAAAAUGCAUACACCACCUUGUUAAUUCUCUGUGCUGAUUCUGUCAGGUGUGUAAAUGUAGCAAAAUAUUUGUAGAAUUAUGACCUAUAAUAAAAUAUUCCAGUUGUAACCUAAUGGUAAUUCUUUAUUUUUAGUACAUGAACAGUAUUGGGAUCUAUUAUCUAGAAUAAACAUUUAAGCAACCCAAUAGGAUUGUUUUGCUGUCAACAUGGAUUUAUACUAGCUUGGUUACUGUCAAAUACAUAGUCCACAUAUAAAGUAAAUCUGACUAAGCUAGAGUCCUGUUCCUUUAAAUAGGACACUGUAAGAAAUUAUAUUUCCAGAUUUCAGAGUUCUUCUGAAUAGUAGAGCCUACAGCUGUACUUUUGAAUGGGUCGUUCUGCUUUUGUCUUAAAACCUAUUGUAAUGUAAUUUGUAGUGAACUUUUACAAUACCUAAAAUUGCAUUUUCCCCUUAUUUGUUACACAACCUAGAAUAACUUCCUGGAAUGAUAACUUUGUAUUUCAGAGAUAAGUUUCUAAUAAAGCUGUUUGAAAUUAUUAAAGGAAAUUCUAAUGCU